UAAUUUUAUUGCUUAGUCCUAUUUUUUUUUCUUUUUUCUUAUCAGAAAUUUAUUAAAAGACGACUCAGACAAGUGUGCGCUAAUCGUACGUACUAGUUUGGUUAAUCUUAGAAAAAGCGGACGAUUAAUGCGGAUGAAGGUCAACACUAUACAUCCGAAAACAAAACAAGAUAACGUUGACCCUAAAUACGCGGUGAUAAUGGAUUCGGUGCGAAAAAAGCGUUCGUACCAUGUGCACACGAUUCCGAAUCAAUAGAAUUCGUUUCGAAUUGGUAUUGAAAACAAACUUUCUUGAACCUUGACUCAGUGUUGGUGGAAGGGGAAAUUGAUUGCAUACGAUUUUCCAAAUAAUAUCGCAACGCGUCCGUCAACAAGUGUCCGGUGAGGAAUUUUCGCUAUGGACAAACUGUUAAAAGGGAUUAUGCGUUACAGAGAAGUGAUAAAGGACAAAAUGGUGCAGCAAUUUGUACAAGUCAAAGACAAUCCAACGCCGAAAGCCGUAUUUUUCACGUGCAUAGACAGCAGAAUGAUCCCAACGCGCUUCACACAAACUAACGUGGGUGAUAUGUUUAUUGUGAGAAAUGCGGGAAACAUAAUCCCGCACUCGCAACAUUUUAUGGACGAGUUAACGACAAACGAACCGGCUGCUUUGGAAUUGGGUUGCGUCGUCAACGACAUAAGGCACAUCAUCGUUUGCGGACACAGCGAUUGCAAAGCCAUAAAUCUUUUGUAUAAACUGCAAGACAGCGAGUUCGCGUCGCAAGACAACAGAAGGAUAUCUCCGUUGAGAGCGUGGUUGUGUUCGCACGCAUUAUCAAGUCUCGAGAAAUUCCAGCAGCUGCAGGUCACAGACUAUUCAAAACCAUUAAUUUUUCAAGCGGAAACGCCUUUAAGGAAAUUCGUGGCAUACAUCGAUCCGGACAAUCAAUUCUCAAUAGAAGACAAACUGUCGCAGAUUAAUACGUUACAACAGCUCCAAAACAUCGCCAGCUAUGGCUUUUUAAAAAGAAGACUGGAAAAACAUCAACUGCACAUUCACGCUUUGUGGUUUGACAUUUACACGGGCGAUAUUUAUUACUUUAGCAGGGCGGCUAAAAAGUUUGUCAUAAUCGACGAAAAUAAUUUUGAAAAGUUGUUCCUAGAAGUCAACAAGUACUAUUCUUAAAUGUGAUAUCGUAAUUUUAUAUAUAUUUUUCUAUUUAUAUAUCUCUAUAUUUUUAUAAAUAAUAAUAAUGUUGUUAAUGAAAUACAGUUGUUCAUUUUC